GAGGUCAGGACACCGUUGUGUGGAGCCCCUUGACAGCCGUUUAUUAGGUCACUUACUCAGUAUUGAGGUAUUUAUAAGCAUGGCUCAGACAAACCCAACGCCAACAGGACCAUGGAAGAUCACAGUAUAUGACCAGGAGAACUUCCAGGGCAAACGCAUGGACUUCACUUCUUCCAGCAAGAACAUCAUGGAGUGUGGAAUUGACAAUGUUCGUUCACUGAAGGUGGAGUGUGGAGCCUGGGUGGGUUAUGAGCACUCCAGUUUCUGUGGGCAGCAGUUCAUUCUUGAGAGAGGAGACUACCCUCGCUGGGAAGCAUGGAGUGGCAGCAAUGCCUACCAUAUUGAGAGACUGAUGUCCUUCCGGCCAAUCUGCUGUGCUAACCAUAAGGAGUCAAAGAUCAUAGUCUUUGAGAAAGAGAAUUUCAUUGGACGCCAGUGGGAGAUAAGUGAUGAUUAUCCCUCUCUUCAGGCCAUGGGCUGGCCAAACAACGAGAUCGGAUCAAUGCAGGUCCAAAGUGGGGCCUGGAUUUGCUACCAAUACCCUGGCUACCGUGGCUACCAGUAUCUCUUGGAGUGUGACUGCCAUGGAGGCGAGUAUAAACACUACCGGGAGUGGGGAUCCCAUGCUCACACCUUCCAGGUGCAAUCGCUUCGCCGUGUCCAGCAAUGAGGGCUCCCCCGUUCACCCUCCCAUGCCCAUUUCCACCUCCUUGCUCACCUCCUCAUCCUCCCCCUCCUUCUCAUCUACAUCCUCUACCUCCUCCUUUCCUCUGCCCUUCCAUUUCUGCUAUGACCAGACCAGUUAUGGCACAAGCUUGAUAUCUGGUGCUACAUGGCAAAGU